AUGUCACCACCAUUCCGUGCAGAGCAAAUCGGCUCUCUCAUGCGCCCACCUGAUCUUCUAGCUGCACGUUCAGCCGCCGGCGCGACGACCUCAUACUCCAAAAUCUCAGAUGAACUGCAUCGCGCAACCGAGGUAGCCAUUGGACGGGCUGUCAACAAGCAAGUCGAGCUAGGAAUAAGGCCUAUCACGUCAGGAGAAUAUGGGCGCGACAAGUUCUACUCCGGAUUCUUUGAACAUCUCGAAGGAAUGCAGGUUGUCAAGGAUAUCCCUGUUGUAGAUGGAUUUCGAACAGGGUUUCCCACCGUCACGGUGCUGCAAAAGCUUGGUGUCUCAACGCGGGACUCUGUAGUUGCUACGGGUAAAAUACGUCAUGUGGAGAGUGCUUACUUGUCCGAAUGGAAGGCUUUGAGUGCUCUUCUUCCGCCAGCCCGGUGGAGGGAGUGUAAGUUGACUAUGCCACCUAUCACUCAUAUUCAUAUGCAGAUGGCCGUCGGGACAGCCUACAGCGCAAGCGCAUACUCCUGUGAUGAGGAAUACUUCCAAGAUCUAGCAGCAGCCUAUUCAGCCGAAUGGCAGAUCCUGUACGAUGGAGGUCUGCGCUCGAUUCAAAUUGACGACCCAUGUCUUCUAUUCUUUGUCUCCGAAGAAUUCAGAUCCGGAUGCUCGACCGACGGGGUCGACCCGGACGCCUUGCUGGACCAGUAUAUCUGGGCACAUAACCUCUGCCUCGCUAGAAAGCCAAAAGGCCUUCAUGUGGGCAUUCAUCUCUGUCGCGGUAACAUGGCCGGAUCUAAACAUAUCAUAAGCGGUUCGUAUGAACGCAUCGCCGAGAGGAUAUUCAGCAGACUAAACUACGAUACUUACUACCUUGAGUAUGACACCGAGCGGGCAGGGGACUUUCAACCACUUCGGCAUUUGCCUAUUGGGAAGAAUGUCGUGCUUGGCGUUGUGUCGACCAAGAAGCCUGAUUUGGAGGAUAUCGAGGAAAUGGUUGCUCGUGUUUAUGCUGCUGCUGAGAUUAUCGCGCGCGGACAGAAUCGCACUGUGGCUGACGUUGUUGAUACUUCUCUUGGUGUUAGUCCGCAGUGCGGAUUUGCUAGUAUGAGCCAAGGAGGGGGCGAGGGGAUGUCGAUAGACUUGAUGUGGAAGAAGUUGGUUCUCGUGAAGGAGUUGGCUCGUCGGAUCUGGGGUGAGAAUCAGCGUGCCUGA